UACGUAUACUGGCUUCAAUUUGUAGUCCCUGGAAGUCAUUGUCGGAAACAGCCCUAUACCGUAUGAUCACACGGGCAACUUCCCAUUUCUUUUAAAAACACAGUAUCACAGCGUUUCUAAUAGUAGCAGUUCAAAACUUCCUAUCCUCGUUGUGCAUUACCGCGGUGGAGCUGGAAGCAACAUCUAGUUGAUGUGUAAUUUACGUAUUGUACGCUUGGAAUAGGCUUUUGCUUCUCUUUCUGUCAGUGGUUUACGCCCCCUUAAGUAUUCUGGUGCUAAAGGUCAAGCCUAAGAAAACAUAAGAACAAGUAUGGCUAUCGAUUGGCUUGGAUUUGUUUAUGCUGCCUUGCUUAUGGUUGGCGGUGUCAUUGGAUAUACUCGCAAAGGCAGUUUGGUAUCUCUUUUGGCUGGAUUAGGUUUUGGCUUUGGGUCAGCUUAUGGAGCAUACUGUGUGACAUGUAACCCAAAGGAUGUGAAAAUAUCACUUUUUUGUGCAUUCAUUCUGGCAUUAGUAAUGGGAAUGAGGUUCAAGAGAUCAAAAAAAGUCAUGCCUGCAGGAGCACUGGCUCUUCUCAGCAUGGCUAUGGUCUUGAGGCUGGUUAUUCUGUUUCUGUGAAACAUUCCUGCAUUUACGGAACACUCAACAACAUUCCUUCUCUACAAUUAAUCUGCAGGCACAAAGAUUUUUGAUGACUAAUGGGACAUUAACAUUUAAGUGUUAAUAGCAUAGAACGUCUACAUGUGCUGAACUGUCAUCAUUGUCUUGUGUUGUCGAUUAUCUGGAAUCGCUUUUAUGAUGUAAUAUUGUAUUAUUAUGCCAGAGAGUUUAACUGGGAAAAUGCAAGCUUGAUAAAUUUCUCAGAAAUAUUUACCAUUCUGAUGAAGCUUUUAAAAAUUACAUUUUAACUCAGUAAAGCAGUGCAGUUGUUUUGAAGGGGGGUACAAUCUGAUUGUGCAGUUAGAAUUGUGCUACUGUUGUUUUUAUAUGAAAGCUAAGAAACAGUACCAAAUGCAAAUUAAAGUGAAAAAUAAAAAUGAAAAAAUGCCUUUCAGGAAAA